GGGCCGGGGGCUGCCCCUGACAGCACCCAGGAUACGGCCAGCCCCGUGGGGGCUGCGGGGAGCGAGGGGCUGGCGGCCGCUCUCAGCCCGGGUAACGUGGAGGACCUGUACGAGCUGCUGGAGAAGCUGGGCAGCGGGCACUUUGGCGUGGUGAAGCGAUGCCAGGAGCGCAGCACCGGCACCUUCUACGCCGCCAAAUUCGUGAAGACGCGGCGAUGCCGGGGCAGCCGCCUGGGGCUGGAGCGGGCGCAGGUGGAGCGGGAGGUCGCCAUCCUCCGCCAGCUCGAUCACCCCAACAUCAUGCGGCUCCAUGACCUCUUCGCCAGCAGAGCCGAGAUGGUGCUCAUCCUGGAGCUGAUCGGUGGCGGGGAGCUCUUUGACUUCAUCGCCGAGAAGGAGAUGCUGUCGGAGGAGGAGGCCAUCGAGUUCCUGGGACAGAUCCUGCGCGGCGUGGAGUACCUGCACGCCUGCAGCAUCGCCCACUUCGACCUCAAGCCGGAGAACAUCAUGCUGCAGGAGAAGGAUGUCCCCAAGCCCCGGAUCAAGAUCAUCGACUUUGGGCUGGCCCAGCGCCUGGAGGACGGCGUCACCUUCAAAAGCCUCUGCGGGACCCCGCAGUACAUCGCUCCCGAAGUGAUCAACUAUGAGCCGCUGAGCUCCGCGACCGACAUGUGGAGCAUCGGGGUCAUCACCUAUAUCCUGCUCAGCGGCUUGUCCCCCUUCCAGGGUGAGACGGAUGCCGAGACCCUCUCCAACGUCGUGGCCGGUGCCUAUGAGUUUGAGGAGCGCUGCUUCAGCCAGACCUCCGAGAUGGCCAAGGAUUUCAUCCGGCAGCUCCUGGUGAAGGAGCCAGGGCACCGCAUGACGGCAACCGAGUGCCUGGUCCAUCCCUGGAUCAAGCCCCUGAGCCGGAAGCAGGCAGCGAACCGGAGCCGUUCCUCCAUCAACAUGAAAAACUUCCGCAAGUUCAACGCUCGGAGGAAGUGGAAGCUCUCCUACAACAUGGUGUCCGCCUGCAACCGGCUCUGCCGCACGCGGCUGCUCUGCAGCCUGAGGAAGGAGGACGAGGAGCUGCGCCGCUGCGAGAGCGACCAGGAGGAGGAGGGCAGCCACCCCGUCACGCUGCUGCGCCGGCGGAGAAGCAGCUGCUCCUGAGCAGCCCCCCCAAAAGGA